AUGGGCAGUGUGACAGUGCCGCGGAACUUCCGUCUCCUGGACGAGCUUGAGAAGGGCGAGAAGGGCAUUGGCGAUGGAGCGGUGUCGUACGGGCUGGCGGAUGGUGAGGACAUUAUGAUGUAUCACUGGAAUGGCACGAUUAUCGGGCCGGGCGGAACGAUGCACGACAGCAGGAUCUACAACCUCAAGAUCACUUGCGGCGACAACUACCCCGAGGGCCCGCCCGAGGUGGUGUUCGUGCACCGCAUCAACAUGACGUGCGUCGGCAGCAACGGCAAGGUCGACCCCCGGCAAUUCCAGAUCCUGGGCCAGUGGCGACGGACGGGGUGCCCUUCCCCCCCCCCCGCUCCACGCUGCACCUCGCCGCCGCUGCGGCCGGUCGCAGCCGCACACCAGAUGCCCCCGCAACCGCCGGCAGCCGCUCCGGCAGCUUCUGCGUUCGCCGGCCGGCAGCUCGCGGCGCAACGCACAUUCGCAUGA